AUGCCCCCAGUGCUGCGAAGAACCACCAACUCCACCUAUGUGAAUGCACCAGGUCUCCAAAGGCUUAGAACACAGAUCAGCAUCCCUGAUGCUGAACCCUCUAUAACAUUUGCAACGCUCUUCAACACGCUGGCCAUACGUGUGCGGGCAACACGAAAUUACAUGCCCAACAAGUUUCAAGACAUUCCGCCGCCGCGAGCGUGCCCUCACGAAGCGUGUGUGCUCGGGACUCCGGCGCGCCCCUGUGCCGGGUGGUGUGCAACGUGGGCCAACAAUCCCGGGCGCCCGGCCUUGGGGGCUGCGAAGUGCGAGGCAGAACGACAGCCAACCCCAGUGAAGCGCCGCUUUGGGCGGAGGACCGAGACUCAUCCCUCCCCGGCUCGGCUCCCUGAUUCCCAGAAGCUCGCCCGGGAGCCGGCGAGCCGGACCAGAGGAGAUCCCUCCGGCGACUGCCAGCGUCUGCACGGUGCGGGAGGGCAGCGGCGGCCACCGAGGUCUCCGCCCGGAGAACAGUUCCCCGACCUCCGCCCAAGUCGGAGUUCCGGACUCCGGGGCGAACACACCCCCGCAGGCCGAGCGGCCGGGGUAAGCCGCGGCGGCCGCAACAGGUCCGGGGCAGCGGGGGAAACUUACGGCGGCGUCGACCGGCGUCAGGCAAGACCAGCUGCGUUCUCGCCUAGGUCACCGCGCGGGAGGCGAUAA